AUGGGCCAGCUGUGCGGGCGAUGCCUGCAGGUGCUGCGCGAGGCGGCGGCCGCCRUGCGGAGGGCGGCCGCGGGGCUGCUGCGCGGCCUCAAGGAGGCCCUGGCGCUCGUCCGCGGCUGCUGCUGCCUGCAGCCCAGGCGCAGGCAGCUCUACAAGCCCGUCCUGCAGCCGCACGAGAGGGUGACCGCGCAGGAGUUCCUGCGGCUCAUCGAAACAGGUUUUGAAAUGUCACCACUCGGAAAGGACCCCCUGGAAGCCUUAAGGACCUUGGCCUUUUCAGAAAACCCAGGGCUACAACAGUCUGCAGCUCUCUACUAUUUGCAUAUGAGUCAGCACAUGAACGUGCCCCUGCCUGUGGAGCACCUGGAGCCCUUCUAUGCCCUGCUGCGGUCCACGGACCUGGAGGUGCAACAGAUGUCCUCCCUGUCCCUGGUCAACUUCUUGCUGGAAGGAAACAUUGACAAAGAACUUGUUGUCCAAAUGGGUUUGCUUGAGCCAAUUCUGGAGCUGCUUGAGUCAGGGGAUCCCACUGUCCAGUGUAAUUCCUGCGCCUGCACCAUGACUUUGGCCGUCUCAGAGUCCAACCGGGAGGCUAUCGGUGCCGCUCAGGGAGUUACACCCCUGCUGGCUCUUGCCAAUUCCUACGACCCCAGAGUCCAACAAAACGCAGUUGGUGCCAUUCUCAACCUCACACAAUCAGAGAAGAUCCAGCGGGUCCUAUGCAAGGAAGGAGCCCUCCCAAUCCUCACGUUGCUGCUGGAGUCUCCUGACUCAGAAGUGCAGUAUUACAGCUGCACUGCCCUGAGCAACGUGGCCGCCAACGCAGAGCACCACGCGGCACUGCUGAGGACGGGAGACGGGUUCCUGCUGCGGGCGCUCGUCUCCCUCCUGUCUUCCUCUGUGGACAAGGUUUCGAGCCAGGCAUGUGUGUGCUUAAGAAAUUUAGCCACCAGUGCGGACACGCAGGCGGAGCUCGUGGCUCACCCCGUGCUGCCCAAGCUGCUCUCCCUGCUGGCGUCGGGCGCGCGGGACGUCCGGCACGCCGCCGUCGCGCUGCUCUGGAUCCUGUCCCGGCACCCGCCCAACCAGGAUGCUCUGACAAGUGCAGAGMUGCUGCAGAGCCUGGGGAUGCUGCUCUCAGAGCACAGAAUGGACCCUGUCAUCGCUGGCCAUGCUGCUUGUAUCAUCCAAAACCUGAGUGUCUCCAAAAACAGACAGAGAAUCGUCGAGAGCCCCUGUGUUGAAGGUCUCUUCCAGACCAUGCUUGCUACGGACAUUGGAGAAGAUUCUCUCCACUAUGUGAUGGCUUGCCUUGCUGAGCUGGCGAAGCAAGAAGGAGCGGCGGGACACAUGGUGCCGUGCCUGGACGAGCCCUUGGUGAAGUGCUUGGUGGGGCUGGCCGGCCAGCUGGAGCAUACGGAGCCAUCCUUUCAAGCUGCCUCCAUCAUCCUGCACCUGACAGGUCACGCAAAGAUGAUGCACUUGUUGCGAUGCCACGUCCAGGAGACUCAGGCCUACCUGAAGCACUUCCUCGCGCACGCCGAGGUUCGCUUCCAGCAGCUGGGCAUCUCCACGCUCUGCAGACUGCAAGGAGAUCCAGAAUUUUCUUCGGCAUUCAGAGAAAGCCAAAUGACCAAACUCCUUGAACAGGUCCGUCAACAAACAGAAGAAACUCAAGAGCUCCUCAGGGCAGCUAUUUGUCACACAGAGAGUUAA